AUGGAGAAAGUGCAUGUUAUCCACAAUAUCCUUUCAAAAUUCAACGAGUUAGCUCUGUUUGUGUCAAAAAAGAAAUUUCAAAUUAGUCUUACCGUCCUAAUCUACUACGAACUUCAUGAUUUACUCGAUGAGGCAUCCGAGCGCAAGGAGAGAUUCCUAGAUCUUGACGAAGAUAUAUCAUUGGCUGUAAAGGAAGGUAUGAAGAAGUACAAAAAGUACUAUACCUUUAUGGAUACUUCUGAUACAUACUAUACUGCCCUCAUCUUGGAUCCUCAGAUCAAAGAUGAUCUUCUUCUCGACAAACUGGAAGAUAAGACUACUAGGAGGGAGAUCCUUUAA